UUAAAGCCGAAAUAUGAUUUGAAAAAAAAAAAAUGAGUGGAAGUUUAACAAUCGGAAGAGGACGUGUGGAAAACGUGAAACGUAUUUUUUCUUGGAAAGUUGUAAAGAAACAGCACUAGCACUACUGGUGGCUCGGAGGGCUCAUUUCAUUGGAAGUAGAAAGUCAUUUAAGAAUGGAGAAAGCAGUGAACAGACAGAAAAUUCUUCUUGGUCAUUUGCAACCCAGUUCGCCUUUGUCUUCUCUUUCUCAGACCCAAGAAUCAGUUCGUCUCUCUACUUCAAUUUGUGCUGCUGGUGAUAGUACUGCAUAUCAUCGAACAGCUGCUUUCAAUGAUGAUGUUGUGAUCGUGGCUGCUUACCGUACUGCCAUUUGCAAAUCCAAGCGACGUGGUUUCAAGGAUACCCAUCCUGAUGACCUACUUGGCUCAGUUUUGAAGGCACUGAUAGAGAAAACCAAUGUGAAUCCAAAUGAGGUGGGUGAUAUAGUUGUGGGUACAGUUCUAGCUCCUGGGUCAGUAAGGGCAACAGAGUGCAGGAUGGCAGCUUUCUUUGCUGGUUUUCCUGAAACUGUGCCCAUCAGAACAGUCAACAGGCAAUGCUCAUCUGGCCUGCAGGCAGUUGCUGAUGUUGCUGCUUCUAUAAAAGCAGGAUUUUAUGACAUUGGCAUUGGAGCUGGAUUGGAGUGCAUGACACUGGACAACAUUCGCAGUACUCCUUCCCAACCUAACCCAAGAGUGGAAAGCUUUACGCAAGCCCGAGAUUGCCUCCUUCCUAUGGGCAUCACUUCUGAAAAUGUUGCACAGCGUUAUGGUGUAACACGUCUAGAGCAAGACCAGGCUGCUGUUGAAUCUCAUAGGAAAGCAGCUGCUGCAACAGCAUCUGGUAAAUUCAGAGAUGAAAUCAUCCCAGUUUCUACAAAGAUUGUGGACCCAAAAACUGGCGAAGAGAAGACUGUCUCAAUUUUGGUGGAUGAUGGUAUUCGACCAAAUACAAACAUAGCAGAUCUGUCCAAGCUAAAGCCUGCAUUUAAAAAGGAUGGGUCAACAACUGCUGGUAAUGCAAGCCAGGUGAGUGAUGGAGCCGGUGCAGUUCUCCUUGCAAAAAGAAGUGUGGCUGUGCAGAAGGGGCUCCCAAUCCUCGGGGUGUUCAGGAGUUUUGCCGCUGUUGGUGUGGAUCCUGCUGUGAUGGGAGUUGGCCCAGCUUUUGCAAUUCCAGCUGCAGUGAAAGCUGCUGGAUUAGAACUUGAUAAUAUUGACCUAUUUGAAAUUAAUGAGGCAUUUGCAUCCCAAUAUGUUUACUGUUGCAAGAAAUUGGAGCUUGAUCCAGAAAAAGUAAACGUCAAUGGCGGUGCAAUUGCUCUUGGUCAUCCUUUGGGUGCCACAGGUGCUCGUUGUGUUGCAACUCUUUUGCAUGAGAUGAAGCGCUGCGGGAAGGACUGCCGCUUUGGAGUAAUCUCAAUGUGCAUAGGUACAGGUAUGGGGGCUGCAGCUGUUUUUGAAAGAGGAGAUUGUGUGGAUGAGCUAUGCAAUGCUCGACCUGUCAAUGGUAACGACCUUUUAUCAAAGGAUGCUCACUAGACAUGUAUUCUUCACCUUGUUAAAUUCAUUUAUGCACACCUCUGGAGGGUAUUGAACAAACUAGUCAUCUAAUAGGGGCUGCAGGUGGGAAAAUAAAUAUGUCAAUCAUCCUCUGCAGCCUAGAAAGGGUCGUGUUUAUUAGAGCUUUAAUGAUUUCAUUUGCAGGUUUGUCAAACCUCAAUUAGAAUGUAUACUUGCUAAUGCUGUUAUAGUGAGCUGCUUGAAAAAAAAAAAUCACAACCACCUAUUUACUUGCCCUAA